GCAACAAAAGCCCAGCCCCGGGAAACCACUUGGGUGAGUGGUUCCAGUGCGGCGAUGGACGCUGUCUGCCGGCGGAAGUUGUCUGCAACCGACAAGUCGAUUGUCUCAACGGCGAGGAUGAGGAAGGAUGCUCUGAAAUCAUGUGUACUGAAGACUCCUGGCAGUGCUCAAGUGGACAGUGUGUCCAACUCUCCGACCGUUGUGACCUUGCUUUCGACUGUGCUGACAAAUCGGAUGAACAAUACUGUGAUGAAAAUGAAUGCGGGGAAGGAUUGCGGAGAUGUCAUACUGGCCAGUGCGUUCCCGACUCCUUCUGGUGCGACCACAUCAAUGACUGCCCCGACAAGUCAGAUGAACUGCACUGCGGUGUGCACGAGUGGUCGGGAUGCGCCGAGGAUGAAUUCCCGUGUGCUAGUGGUGCCCAGUGCAUCCCUGCGAUGGAAAGAUGCAUCCUUUCUGACGACCGCCAUCACGGAUGUGCUGAUCACUCGCAUCUUCUGGAUUGCAAAUCAGUGACCUGCCCUGCCGGAAUGUUCAAAUGCCGAUCUGGACCGUGUCUGGAUGAGGUUAAACAGUGCGAUGGGAAUGUGGACUGUCCAGAAACGUGGGACGACGAAGAUUUUUGCCCUUUCCAAUGCUCCCACGAAGUGCCAGAAUGUCUUUGCCACCACCUCGAUGCCAACUGCUCCGGAUUAGGCCUCCGCUACUUCCCUGAUAUCGAGAUCAACAUCAACCGGUUCUAUUUCGCGGACAACCAGCUGAGUGUAACAUUGCACGCCCAACCAAUCCGAGGCCACCAGCAAGUUGUGUAUCUAGAUUUGUCGAGGAACCAACUGCAGUACUUGAGGAACGGUACCUUCAGCGGUCUCUGGCGACUGAGGAUUCUGAUCCUCAGCGAAAACAACCUCAGAGAACUGACCGAAGGAGCGUUUGCCGGACUGCACAAUCUGCGGAACUUACAGCUUGACGGAAACCAGAUAGCAUACAUCGGCCCUUUCGCCUUCUACGGCCUAAGUUCUUUACCAACUCUGUGA